AGGACGUUUUAUCAUUCACCUCCUGCAAUUUCGGAAUUUUUAUUCUGUCGAACAUGGAACUCACUUGGCUCCUGUGCAACAAAUGUUUUGUUCACUUGAGAGAGGCAAAAUCUCCAUUCUCAUUGACACAGUGUGGUCACCUGUUCUGCAGAAAAUGCAUCGCCAAAGUUGGAGAUCGUUGUCCAGUCUGCAAUGCACAUGGUGUCGAAUCCGUCUGCCUCACAACACCACUCCAGCCAAUGAUCGUCCCCAUAUUCGAGGACGUUUUUACAGUAGCAGAGAAAUUCGCAUUGGCUGCUAAAUUCCAGAAAUAUCAAUUGAGUAUUCUAAUACAUCGUGAGCAGGAACUGGCUCAGAAGUACUUGGCACUGAAGACUGCAUACUGGCAAGUGGCUAAACAGGUUGAGAAAUUGAAUCAAGAGUACAACGCACUGAAGACAGAUUACGCUGACUUGAUUGCCCAGAACAAUGCUCGAGACCACGCAUUCUACAAGGAGCCAACAAGAAGUGGUCGAGUGACAUUUUCCAAGCAGAAUAUAAUAUUUGGGAAGAAUCAGACAGAUUCACGCAACAUAUUUCGUCCAGGAUCUGGCAACGAGUCUGAAGGUUCAGACGUCUCAGGCUCCACCAUCAGAGGAUUGCACACUCCAAGGAUACCUGAUGGUACAUUCCGUGUACCAACAGCUACGAGAGUUCCCAGAUCUGCUGGUACUCUCACUCCAAGCUCUAGAAUCUCAACACCAAUGUCACUUGAUUAUGACCAAAAUGGCAGGGGGUAUGGCAGCGAUACCAGUGCCUACUUCAGACGUUGAGAGUGUUCAGAUAAAGAUGAAAUUAUCCCUUUCAUUAAAUUUUUUUCACUUAUUUUUAUUCACGUUUCACUAUUUGCGACGAAUAUGAUGUUUUUCAUUUUAUAAAUGAUUCUAGUAAAUGAUAAUUCUCGAAUUAUCUUUCGUGAGAUAUCAGUGUCUUCAUUACGUUUUUUUUCAAUUACAUAAAUGUCAAAGUAAUAUAUUUAAAGACGGAAUUUGUCAUCAAAUGACUCAAGAAUUGAGUCUCAUGAAUUAUAAAUACCUUUUGCUUAAAUCCUUUAAUUAAUUUUUAUUUCAAUCGAAACAAUUCUGAUAUUCUUAAGGUCAGCGAAAUCAUUGUAAUCGUUUAAUUUGCCAAAACUCAUGAGAGCAGUCACUUUCUUAAAAAAUCGUGGGCUUUGAAAGUGAGAUUAAAUUCAUGUAAUUGAAGUUUCAGUCAAAUUGAAUACUUUCACUUACGAAAUAACUUCAUUGAAAAACCUAGCGAUUUCACUAGAAAAUUU